GGGUGUGAGAGAGUGAAAAGUGUGCGGAGCAAGAAGAAGAAAAAGUGUGAAAAAUUGUGUCAGCAGGGAAGGAAAAUUUUUUGGCCGUUUUCCAGGGUGUGCGGAUCACGGAAUUUCGGAAGUCGAAGACCGCGGAAUCGAGGGAAAUUGCGGUGAACAACGGUCCGGGAGUUCUGGGAGUUGGAAUAGCUGGAUCGGGUGUCGCGAGCCGUUUUUUUUUCUAAUUUAAUUAAUCUGAGUUUGUCGUUUUCCACGGCUUUUCCGGGGGUGGAAAAGCUUCCAAAUCGAGUUGGGCUGCCGCAAAAGGGUGGAAAAGUGUGAAAAUUCGUGCUGAAAAGCCUUCCUCAGAAGCUGCGACGGAAAAGGAAGAUCCAAUUUUCAAGAAGGCGGAGAAAAUCUUAAGUUUUCACAAUUAAUGGGAAAAUAAGUGCAGGGAAAAAAGCUCUCCGCUUGUGUUGGUGUGGAAAAGCAGUCGCGCGCUCGUUAGUGUUGGUGUGUGCAGCGUGACGAGUUGUGUCUACUCCCCCCGAAAGCAGCAGCAGCAGCAGCAGUCUUCAACGGAGGACAUCCGAAAAAAGGAAAAGCUCGUGGCACAGUGUUGGUGCGAUAACAGCGUGGGGGUUUGUUUGUGGUCGUGAAAGGCGAUCGGAGCGCCUCUGGUGGCCAAAAAGGGGGGUGACUCUUUUUUGAGUCUUUUGUGAAGGAAAAUUACGCACAGUUGCAGCGAAGGAAAGCUUUAGGAAUUGCAACAGCGCCAUCGGAGAAAGGAGGAAGGAGUUGGUGGUGGUGGUGGUAUUUUUCUACUUCAGGACCUUCAGCCAGUGUAAGAGCCUGUGAGGAGCAGCAGCCGCACAGAUGAGUGCUUUCCUGCGUUGGGCGGUCUAACCAAUAUGGCCGAGUGGUCGCCGAGCAAUAGGACACAUCUGGAUCAACUGACGGUUGGCAGCGGCUCAAGAAGCGGCUCUCCAGGGCAACGGGGGCCAGUUUGGUCGCAAAGGAGGCCACUACUUAGCUGAUAAGAUGGGCGGCCCCAGUAGUCAGGGGGGCCAGCCUCCCGCGGGAGGUGGGCCCACGUCGCUCUUCAUCCUCUCCGAGGAUAACAUCAUUAGGAAAUACACCCGCUUCAUCAUCGAGUGGCCCCCGUUCGAGUACGCCGUGCUGCUGACAAUCAUCGCCAACUGUGUGGUGCUGGCCCUCGAGGAGCACCUGCCCCACGGCGACAAGACGCUGCUCGCCCAGAAGCUGGAAAAGACGGAGGCCUACUUCCUGGGCAUCUUCUGCGUCGAGGCCUCGCUCAAGAUCCUCGCCCUCGGGUUCGUCAUGCACAAACACUCCUACCUCAGGAACAUCUGGAACAUAAUGGAUUUUUUCGUCGUAGUCACGGGAUUCAUCACAUUAUUCCCGCAGAAGGGGCCCGAAGUAGAUCUGCGAACGUUACGGGCUAUCCGUGUGUUACGGCCCCUCAAAUUAGUGUCUGGAAUUCCUAGUUUACAAGUAGUUUUAAAGUCUAUCAUCAAAGCCAUGGCGCCGUUGCUGCAAAUAGGAUUGUUGGUCUUGUUUGCAAUUGUUAUCUUUGCAAUCAUAGGCUUAGAGUUUUACUCGGGUGCUCUGCAUAGAAGUUGUUAUAGUUUAGAAGAUAUCUCUCAAAUAGUUAAGGAGGGCGAGUUUCCGACGCCCUGCAACGCCGACAAUGACACGAUCGCACCGACGGGGGCGUACGUGUGCAACAGCAGCGACAGCACCUGCGUCGAGCAGUGGGAGGGCCCCAACUUUGGCAUCACCAGCUUCGACAACAUCGGGUUCGCGAUGCUGACCGUGUUCCAGUGCAUCACGAUGGAGGGCUGGACGGCGAUCCUGUACUGGACCAACGACGCCCUCGGGUCAACGUUCAACUGGAUCUACUUCGUGCCGCUGAUAGUGCUGGGGUCGUUCUUCAUGCUGAACCUAGUUCUCGGUGUCCUCAGCGGAGAGUUUGCCAAAGAGCGAGAAAAGGUAGAAAAUAGGCAGGAGUUCCUAAAGCUUCGUAGACAGCAGCAGCUAGAGAAGGAGCUUAACGGAUACGUCGAGUGGAUCUGUAAAGCUGAGGAAGUGAUCCUGGCGGAGGAGCGAACCACCGAGGAGGAGCGGAUGCACAUCAUGGACGCCCGAAGGAGAGCGGCGGCCAAGCGGAAAAAGCUGAAAAAUCUAGGCAAAUCCAAGUCUACCGACACCGAGGAGGACGACGCCGACGAGGACUGCGGUGACGAUGUUAGCGUUACGAAGCGAAAGAAAGGUUACCUCAAGUCCAAGGUGAAAACCCAGGGCAAGUGCAAGGGCUUCUGGCGGGCGGAGAAGCGCUUCCGGUUCUGGAUCCGGCACACGGUCAAGACGCAGUGGUUCUACUGGUUCGUGAUCGUGCUCGUCUUCUUCAACACGGUGUGCGUCGCCGUCGAGCACUACGGCCAGCCGAGCUGGCUGACGCAGUUCCUGUACUACGCCGAGUACGUGUUCCUCGGGCUGUUCAUGAUGGAGAUGUGGAUCAAGAUGUACGCGCUGGGGCCGCGCAUCUACUUCGAGUCGUCCUUUAACCGGUUCGACUGCGUCGUCAUCAGCGGGUCCAUCUUCGAGGUGGUGUGGUCCGAGGUCAAGGGCGGCUCCUUUGGGCUGUCCGUGCUGAGAGCUUUAAGAUUGCUUAGGAUAUUUAAGGUUACAAAAUACUGGUCGUCCUUGCGGAAUCUGGUGAUAUCGUUACUCAACUCGAUGCGGUCUAUCAUUUCUCUGCUGUUCCUGCUCUUUCUGUUCAUCCUGAUCUUCGCACUGCUCGGAAUGCAGCUGUUUGGGGGACAGUUCAACCUGCCGGACGGAACGCCACCGACCAACUUCAACACGUUCCCGAUCGCACUGCUCACCGUGUUUCAGAUCCUAACCGGUGAGGAUUGGAACGAGGUCAUGUACCAGGGCAUCGAGUCACAGGGUGGCCACAAAAAGGGCAUGAUCUACUCGCUGUACUUUAUCAUUCUGGUCCUGUUUGGCAACUACACACUGCUGAACGUGUUCUUGGCUAUCGCCGUGGACAAUUUGGCCAACGCACAAGAGCUGACUGCCGCCGAGGAGGAGCAGCUCGAGGAGAACAAGGAAAAGCAGCAGAUGGAGCUGGACAAGGAAAUGGAGGCGUUGCAUCUCCAGACGGAUGGGUCGCCGCCCCGGGUUGAGGUCGAGUCGCCUUCGCCAACCCGGGGGAACGGAAGCAAGGCGAAAAAGAAACCCGGCGAGGACAAGGAGGACGACGAGGACGACAUUCCAGACGGGCCGAAGCCCAUGCUGCCGUACUCGUCGAUGUUCGUGCUGUCGCCGACGAAUCCAAUCCGUUGCGGCGCCCAUUGGGUGGUGAACCUGCGGUACUUUGACUUCUUCAUCAUGGUCGUCAUCUCGCUGUCGUCGAUCGCACUCGCCGCCGAGGAUCCGGUCGAGGAGGACUCGCCGCGGAACAAGAUCCUCAACUUUUUCGAUUACGCCUUCACGGGCGUGUUCACCAUCGAGAUGCUGCUCAAGAUCGUCGAUUUGGGCGUGAUUCUGCACCCGGGCAGCUACCUGCGCGAGUUCUGGAACAUCAUGGACGCCGUCGUGGUCAUCUGCGCGGCCGUCAGCUUCGGGUUCGAUAUGACUGGCAGCAGUGCUGGCCAGAACCUGUCCACGAUCAAGUCGCUGCGGGUGCUGCGCGUGCUGCGACCGCUGAAAACCAUCAAGCGAGUGCCGAAGCUGAAGGCGGUCUUCGACUGCGUCGUCAACUCGCUCAAGAACGUCAUCAACAUCCUGAUCGUGUACAUUCUGUUUCAGUUCAUCUUCGCGGUCAUCGCGGUGCAGCUGUUCAACGGCAAGUUCUUCUACUGCACCGACGACAGCAAGCACACGAGCGAGGAGUGCAAGGGUUCGUUCUUUGUGUACGACGGGCCCGACCAGCUGCCCCGGCGCGAGACACGAGAGUGGAAAACGCAAAGCUUCCACUACGACAACGUGGCCACGGCCAUGUUGACACUGUUCGCCGUGCAAACCGGCGAAGGGUGGCCUCAAGUUCUACAAAACUCGAUGGCCGCCACCUACGAAGACAAGGGUCCAAUCCAAAAUUUUCGAAUAGAAAUGUCCAUAUUCUACAUAGUAUACUUCAUAGUGUUUCCAUUCUUCUUCGUUAACAUAUUCGUGGCCUUGAUUAUCAUUACAUUUCAAGAGCAAGGUGAAGCUGAGCUGCAGGACGGAGAGAUAGAUAAAAAUCAGAAAUCGUGCAUAGAUUUUACGAUAGGUGCUAGACCGUUAGAACGUUAUAUGCCAAACAAGCGGAAUAGUUUUAAAUACAAAGUCUGGCGCAUCGUCGUCUCCACGCCGUUCGAGUAUUUUAUAAUGAUGUUGAUCGUGUUCAAUACGUUACUGCUGAUGAUGAAGUAUCACAAUCAAGGAAAAGAGUUUGAGAAAUCGUUGAAAUAUCUCAACAUGGGAUUUACCGGGAUGUUUAGUGUUGAAACGAUACUCAAAAUAAUAGGAUUUGGCGUCAAGUUUCACGAUGCGCCACCGACACUGAUUGACAUUCUGAGCUUCAUGAAUUUGGUAUUCACAUUCUUCUUUUUACUGGAGACUAUUAUGAAACUAAUCGCAUUCGGAUGUAAGAACUUUUUCAAAGAUCCUUGGAAUAUAUUCGAUUUUAUAACGGUUAUUGGAAGUAUUAUCGACGCAUUAGUUUUAGAAUUAGGGGAGAACUCCUUCAACGUUGGAUUUUUAAGACUGUUUCGUGCUGCACGAUUAAUCAAACUACUCCGACAAGGUUAUACAAUACGAAUAUUACUCUGGACAUUUGUUCAAUCAUUCAAAGCACUGCCAUAUGUCUGUUUGCUGAUUGCCAUGCUAUUUUUUAUCUACGCAAUUAUCGGCAUGCAGGUGUUUGGAAAUAUUGAACUAGAGCCUGAAUCAGCUAUCACUAGACACAACAACUUCCGUUCCUUUGUCCAAGGGCUGAUGCUACUGUUCAGAUGUGCAACGGGCGAGUCGUGGCCGAACAUUAUGCUGGCAUGUCUCAAAGGGAGACCGUGUGACCCGAGGGCAAACAAAACGAACGAAACCUGCGGAUCGACGCUGGCCUAUGCGUACUUCGUCUCGUUCAUCUUCUUCUGCUCGUUUCUUAUGUUGAACUUAUUCGUUGCCGUCAUCAUGGACAACUUCGACUAUCUGACACGUGAUUCCAGUAUUCUCGGUGCUCACCAUCUGGACGAAUUCGUACGGAUAUGGGCCGAGUACGAUCCAAACGCUACGGGUAAAAUACAUUAUACAGAGAUGUAUGAUAUGUUGAAAAACAUGGAUCCUCCUUUGGGAUUUGGUAACAAGUGUCCCAACCGACUCGCCUACAAGAAGCUCAUCCGCAUGAACAUGCCGCUGGACGCGGAGGGCAAGGUCGGCUUCACGACGACCCUGUUCGCGCUGAUCCGGGAAAACCUCAACAUCAAAAUGAGAACUGCCGACGAAAUGGACCAAGCGGACUACGAACUGCGACACACGAUCAGCCACAUCUGGCCGCUGCAGGCGAAGAAGCUGCUGGACCUGCUGGUGCCCCACAAGGACGAGCUGAACGCGGGCAAGCUGACGGUGGGCAAGAUCUACGCCGGCCUGCUCAUCCUCGAGUCCUGGCGGAACACCAAGUUCGGCCAGAUCGAGUCGGACCUGCCGGCACAAGAUGCAAGCAAAAAUAGUCCCACGGCCAGACUGCCGGAGUUGCAGGACGUUUCCCGGCAGCCGUCGCUGGAAUCGCUAACCGGUGCGGACGGUCAUCUUCAUCCGGGGCACGCGUACCACAACGGUCACCGGCGGUCGCCGAGUUUGAGAAGGGAGUCCCCGCUGGUGAGAACGCCAAGCCCGCGCCGCCGGCAGCACGCCCCGCACCACGAUAUCGGCUUUUCGGACACGGUUUCGAACGUGGUCGAAAUCCAGAAGGAAGACCAGAGACGGGGUAGGCAUCACUACGGCUACGCCCACAGGCAUAAUCGAGGUUCCUGGUCAGCGUCAACUAGCCCUGCCCGUUCGCCAUCACCCAGUCGUUUCGGUGUACAUAGUAGUGCCCAACAUCGUAGUAAAAAAGAACGUCCCAAAAACCACCCGGCCCACCAACCGUACGACACGACGAUCCUCUGCGAGCGGUCCCGAUCGCCGAGUCCUGCCAGCCUGCUCCAAGAGCUGCGGGACCGGGAUCACACGCGGCGGAAGUAUAGGAAUGGAAUGGGUCCACCAGGUCACGUCCAGCACAGCUACCCGGUGUUGGUAACCCGUCGCCAAGGCCAGGGUCGCCGUUUGCCACCGACCCCGUGCAAACCGUCGACGCUCCAGCUGCAGCAGACCAACAUCAACUUCCCCAAGCUGAACGCCAGCCCCACCCACACGCUUCACUCGGCCCACACGACGCCGCACAGUGUUCACUCGUUGCCACCGUCGCGGGAGUUCCUACGCGAGCACCACCAGCAUCACCACCUGCACGGCGGCGGAGGUCCUCGGGAGCAUCAUCACCAUCACCAGCACCAGCACCGGGAUCUGUACUACCGGGAGAGGGACCGCGAGCGGGACCGGGAACGCUACCGCAGCAGUCGCAGCGAACGCAUUACGGAUGCGUACGGCGGUGGGGGUAGUGUCGUUGGGGCGCCCCAUGCGACGCCGACGCCGCCGCCGUCGCUGCACUACGAGUUUCGCGACCGGGAGCGCGAGCUGUACGAGCGCGAGCGGGAGAUUGAGCGCGAGUUCGAGCGGGAGUAUGAGCGCAUGGAACACCACGUGCCCCUGUCCUACGAGCAAGCGCUUGCCAUGGGCCGUUCCGGGGGUCGCGUACUCCCGUCGCCCAUCCUGAACGGGUACAAACCCAAAGGGGGCGGCGGUGGCGGUGGCGGCAGCGCCAUCGGGCUCCACUCGUCCCGGCACUCGGACUCGGACGACGAAGACUGGUGCUAGCACAGGGUGAGACGUCGCCAAUGCGAACAGCGAAAGCACCACCGCGAGCAAAUCUGGGUUUAAUCUGCCAUGGUUUGAACCCGAGAUUAACUAGAACAAAAAAAAAGUAUAAGAUUUCCUGCAUUUUCUCGUGCGUAAAGCCUUAGUUAGGAGCGAAUAGCGAGUUGCCAGAUUAAACUAAUUUCCUUCCGAGGACAUGUAAACAAAAAAGCCAGAUUACUAGAACAGAAAAUCGUUGCCGAGAAAAUGAACAAACAGAACCUGCCUUUAAAGCCACACAAAAAAUGAGAACAAAUAAGAAAACAUAACUAGACACUCGAACACAAAACAAAAAACAAUUCUACUGAAAUCGACGGUAAACCUAAACUAACGCGCGAACGUUGAAUAGCAAAAUAGAGGAGAUCCUUUGUAUAGUUACUAACUUUCCAAGUAUUUACCACAAUGACUAGUCAAACGGGCGCAAUUGUAAAUAGUAAACAUAAAGUUUUUCAAGGAAAAAAAAAUACUCAAAUCAACUUGCAUCACACAAUCUUACCGAAUAUUUUCUCACACUCUGUAAGUCCAAUCUUUCAAACUGUUCAGCAGGGUUGCUUUUUCACCGCACUUAAUCCGCUCAUCAGCACACUUAAACUGGAAACUUAUCAAACGAACAAAAAUAUAGAUAAAACAAGACUGAAUUUCAACAAAAAAAAAUAAUAACAAAAAAAAAUAAUGGGCAACUACUGAAAGAAACAGCGAGCGUUUGUAGAUACACCAGAAAUGAAGGGGAAAACUAAAAACAGGUAGAAACUUUUUUUGAGGAAUUCUAGAACGAACUUUGAACACCGCCGAUGCAUAUUUGAGGAAGCAGGGACGAUUUACAUUGCCUAGGUUCAUAGUUAGAUUGUUAUAAUUUUCAACUUUCUCGUUGCAAUACGAGAAAGGUUGCCAAAAAGAUGUAGUGUUGAUUUUAUUCUGGUGAUUUUUAUUCACAGAAAAGUAAACUAGACUAGCUAGAGUGGAAACUGAACAGUUUGAAUGAACACGAAACCGAGUAGACUUUUUAUACAUGAAAGAAGAAAAAAACGUAUUUAUAUGGGCGACUUAGGAUUUUUGCUCGAAUUAGUUAUUGAACAGACUUAGGAAAUUUAAGAGGAAGAUUUAACAGGGGGAGAAACCACCAGUACCAACUUGCAAUACGAGUAGCGACCAUACAAUGCACAAUACACAAACACACACACACAGGCACGCAAUCAAAUUUUGGACGACACUUUGCUUGUAGAUCUUGUUGCAGCUGCAGAAUAUCAAUGACACAAACAAAAAGCACCCUGCUGAGCGGUUUAUUGAAUUAUAUUAAAUUUAUGAAAAAUGUGACACGUUUACUGAAUUAAAAAAAACAAUUAUUACAAAAAAAAUUAGAACACAGUAAUUUCAGUAAUAUUCACAGCAUUAAAAAAGAAAUCUGAAAUAAUAAAAAACUUCAUAAGAGAAUGUGGAUUCCUUUUUUGUUGCUUGUUCUAAAGACUUUUUAAAAUAUGAACUUACAUGAAUUUUACCAUAUUAAAUCAAUUUUUUUUAACAUUUCCAAAUUCUCUGAUGUUAUAUUUUCAAAUUUAAGAUCGGAAACAGACAUAGCAAACAAUCUUAUACCUUUUUAUGUUCUUAGAUAUUUUGCUAACUUUUCGCAGAAGCAUAAUUGGAAUUAUAUUUUUUUAAGCACAUACUUAAAAAUACUUAAAAAUUGUAAUUUCCUACGGGUAUCAACAAACAAGAUAUUUUGUAUGGAUUUUAACUUCAUUUGAGUUUAUAAAUAGUUGAAUUUAACGAUUAAAUUAGGCCUAUGCAAAUAUUUUUCAAAGUUUAUGUCGCCGACACCCCAUAAAAACUUCAAAAUUUUUAAUGGAAAUAGAAAUCUUAACAACUGAAAUCGUUUCGAAAUGUGUUUCUCUGCGUUGAGAAACAUAAUAAUCAUGUUUGAGUAUUUUUAAAAAUAUUUAGAAUUUACGUAAACUUCCACUUACAGUACUUUUUAAAUGUUUUUUUUUUUUUUGGCGAAAAACAAAAUGUUUUUCAAUACAUAGAAAUUUGGAAAACUUAUGAUUGCAAAACAACUGGACUGGUGUAAAAUGCACUUUAAAACACUUUUUCAUUCAAAUGUUUAAAUCAUGUCUUGUAAUUUCAAUAUGUUUUAUGAUCACUAUCCAAAGUACAUUCAAAACUCUAAUGUCGCGAAAUCGAUACAAAUAUUUAGCGUCGUGAUUUGAAAAAAUCCGCCAUAUUGUAAAAAAUUGGGUAUUUUUUAUUUAAAAUUCUUAUGUUGUUAGAACUAGAGGGUCCAGUUUCCUGUCCCGGGAUUUCCCAAAAAAAUAUAUCUUGAUUCCCGGGAAAUUUGUAAAUUCCCGGGAAUUCCCGAAAUUCAAGCGAAAGUACACCCAAACUUACGAUUCGAGAGAAUCGUUCCCUCAACAUUUAUUGAGAGCUCAGCGCCAAAAUCGAGAGAAUAAUGCUACCAACGCACACCACCAUAACAAAUGAGUUCAUUCGUUAAUUGAAACAAUAAAUCUCCAACAAGUGUCAUACAUUGACAUCUGACCACUCCUUGUUCACCAAGCUGUGGUGGCCGAGGCAGUUAAGUCAUUGGUCUAGUCUGUCAAAGGUCUCUGGUUCGAUUCCCGUAGUCGAUACUUUUGGUUUUUGUUUUGACGGAUGAACUUUUUUUUGCAAAUGAACCUCAAGAGAAUAUUUUUUUCGCCCAUCUCGAGCUGUGUUCUCUGUGUCCGUAAAUGUUACCACUCUUCUCUCGUCUCGAGGCUAUUAUUCUCUCGGAUUAGCGCUGCCCAGUUUUGGGUGUAUACGUUUUCAAUUUAUAAAAACUAGGGGAACAGCAUUUAAUUCCAGCGUUCCCUUAAUGUUGGCAGGUCAGAACUUUGUCAUUCAAUUAAAGCUAAUUAAAAGCGUUUUCAACUGAAAUUGAGUGAUAAAUAGCUCAAUAAGAAGUGAGUAUUCAGCAAAUUGGAUGGAGUUAGGAGCGAGUGCUUAACCUGCCAAACAGACGAGAAUUUCCCCUAUAUAAAAACUCUUAUUGAACUUAUAAGGUCGUGCGAAAAUUUCAUGACAAGGUUUUAUUUAGAUAAUAUUAAUUUCUAAACAUUUGCAACUAGGAAUAGAUCUUUUUUAUUUGAUAGGCAACAAAUAUUACGAUAUUAUGGAAUGAAAAUAAACUAUUAUAAUUUAAACGAAAAUUGUUGUUAUAUCAUUUCAAAUUAAGAUACUCCGUUAUUGCCAAGAUCAAAAUUUAUUUUUUUUACGUUUUUGUUUACCAUGACCAAAUUGGAUAAAAAUAGCCUUACAUGAAAAUUCUUCUAGCCAAAGUCAUUAAUUAAGCUAAAACAUUAAAAAAUAUUCUUCGUAGCAUAAAGAAGGUGCCCAAAAAAUGCUAACAUAUUUCAUAACUCGCUCCAAAUAUUUGAAAACUUUGAGUUGUGAUUCCAUAAAAAUGGUAUAUCAAAUAAAAAGCAGACUUUCAUGGUAAAUUCAAUGCUUAUCUAUUUAAGGGGUUACAUACAUGUAGAAAAUCUCAAAAUUUCAUAUUACGGCAAAAUUGUUAAUUCACUAAAAAGAUGAUUUCCAAUCACUCUUGAUAGUUUCAUAAAGAUAUUUCAUGAUUCAAGUGAGUAACAAACGAUUUAAGUUUGAAAUUUUGCUAUGCGCAAAGCUAACUGUCAAACUUUGUGAGCGUUUUUCUCUAAACACAGAGUUGAUUUAUGGGUGCCACGAUAUCUCGAGAUGGUAUGGACCAAAUUGGCUGAAAUUUGAGAUGAAGACUUGCAAGACAUAUCCCGUGUGCAUGACGAAGCCCGAUUUUUAAAUUUUGCUUUUUAAAAAAAUACAAAAAUCAAAAACUGACGAUUAUUGAUAUGAAAAACUUAAAAAUAUUUUUAACUUUUUUUCAAAUAAACUUUUUGAAAAUCGGCCUUCGUCAUGCACACGGAACGGGUUGACGAGUCUUCACCAAAAUUUUGAGCCGAUUUGGUCAAAGCAGUGUUGAGAUAUCGUGGCACCCGUUUUUUGAAACUGCUAACUUAAAAUAUCUAUAUCUUGGCAACGAUAUAACCAAGUGUCUUCAAAUUUGUUUUGUUAAUAGAUUAAAAUGUAUAUGUUAAUGCCCUGAAAACACAUAUUUGAAAAAGUUUAAGUGUGUGCAGUGUGUGUGCAACCAACCAAACGGGACCACGCGGCCACUUCUUACAAAUUGAGUUGUUUCCAUGUAUUUUUAGAUCAACAUCCUAUACAUGCAAAUAACUCGCAUAGGCAUUUGGAAGGUGUUAGCUCUGCUGAGCUUCGGUGACCCAUUUCUACGCUGGCUAGCCGAGCGCGAGGUACUUCAGCUUUAUCGACAAGCCCCGCCCUGAAGAACGUUUGCACCAAUCGGGCUCAAACGUUAUUUAGAACUUCCGAACCCUUGUCAAAUAGGGACGUGGCGUUACAUCGUGCUGCCAUCUGGUUUUUUUAAGUGCAAGAGUGGAAAAGUGCUGAGUCAUCGUCUAAAAAUAGACGGCGUCCUAUCUCGCCCAGCAAAAUGAAGUCGAUAAAGUAGUCGGUUUCGAUGAGAAAAAGUGGAAAACGUGUUCUAAAAAUAGCGACGCCAUCCCCCUAUGGACAAGGACCCAGCGCGUAUAUAGUUUUGAUAGUUACAGUAUUCCUAAUUCCAGUCAUAGAUCACCAAGCCGUGAUGGCCUAGUGGUUAGCAUUUUUGCUUAACAAUCCAAAGGACGGGGGAUCGAACCCCGACUCGGGCGACUUUGAUUUUUCGUUCAUGUUCAAAGUUUCAAGAUUAAUAUUUCCUAUACUUUCUCGUUGUGAGCAGAUGGGAAUCGAACCCAGGACCAUUCGUUUAGAAAGCGAACACCGUAACCAGUCAGCCACGGCUGCUCCAUAUUUGAAAAAGUUUAAGUGUUUGCUCAAACCAAACUUUUAAAUUUUUGCCGAUUUACAUGUAUGAAACCCCUUAAUAAUGAGUUCAAAACAGGUAGAUUUGUUCUGGCAAAAAGAAUUAUGUUGCAAAAUAAUAAUCUGAACCUGGAUCAGAACAAUUUUCAAUUAAUUUUAAAUUUCCCGCGAAUUCCCAGGAUUUCUGGGAAAUUUGUUAAAAAAAAUUUCAGUUUCCCGGGAAUUCUGUAACGCCGGGAAAUUGGACGCCUUAUUAGUACCCAUGCAAAAUGAUAGCUUUAGAAUUGUAAAAAAAACGUUGUGUGGAAAAUUUGUUACUUUAUAAGUAAAAGCUUACGCAAAUGAUAGAGGUUUAUUUUAGAAACUUACUUGUAAUGGGUUACUGUCGGAUAUCGCCGAUAAAAUAACCAUUAUCCUUAUCGAUUUACGAUGAGGUUAGCGUCAAUGCAUCUUAAGUGGAAAUUGAAAGAACAGCAAAUCAAACAAAGGAGUUAUUUUAUGCCUAAAGUGAUUCUUUUUAAAAUAAGUAUCGUAAAUUGGAUUGACCACAAACGAUAUGCUGUAAUGUAUUUUUAAAACAAAAGCAAGAUCCAGUUUUCCACAAAACACAAAUGUUCGACCUUAAGAGUGUGAGGAAUUUCGAUAACAAAUCAUUACGUACUUUGCAUCACUUUCAUCAUUUUCAAUCCUUUUUGCUACUCUGCCCAAAUUCGAAAAAGAAAAAAAAAACGAUAUAUUUCCCUCACCCAUCGCAAACGUUUCCGAAGAAACAACGUUCAAAACUCGUAUUUUUAUGCACAGAAUCGGAACCAACUAUAACCAUUGAAACAUGCUUGAAUUGCCAAACUGCCAAAAGAAAAUCACACUAGCAAAACCGAACAAAACAAGAAACGAUAGCAAAUUAACCAAAAAUACUUUAUUUCAACGCAAAAAAAAACCCCGAAAUAUCUGAUCAAACUUGAAUAUAUUCUAAGUCGCUGAACCGAAGUUGUUCAACCAAACCGCGCGAAAGUAAUCCAUUUCUCACAAUGUGAGACUGAUGAGUUUGUAUAAGAGAAAAAGAAAGAAAAAAAAAACAUCGCAAACAUUAUGUGUGCAUUAGCUAACCAACAUAUUUGCGGAACAAAAAAAAAGAGACCACAUAGAAUCAUCAUCGUUCAUCAAUCUUAGCUAGUUGUUAGUAGACGUGUUAGAUGGAAAACGGACCGAAACGAGGUGUAGCAUUUAGUGUUCAACUUAAGAGGAAAUAAAAAAGCUGAUUAAUCAUGUAAAAUUCGUAUGAAAAGAUUAAACAAGAAAAACUAAACCCGAUUUAUAUAAUAGCAAAACCAAAAAGUAAAACCGAAAAAGAGAAAUAUUUCUAUUACCGUAGAGUAAGAAGUACUUUUUAAUCUCUAGCGAAACCUGUACAUACAUUUUUCUGUGAUACAUAAAUUGUAAAAAAAAAUAAAACAAAAAAGUAAGCAAAACUAAUUGAGGUAAGCCGAGGACUAAACCUUUUUUGCAAACCAACUUUAAGCCACGUGAGCCCGCGAUGGAUGAAGAGUGCGUCGUCGUUAAUCAGAAUUGCUUGGUGCGUGAUUAUGUUGAGCUUUUCGGUUUUAGCCUAAAUUUUUUCAGUUUCGACUCCACAUAUUGCUGUGAUUGUAGCUAAAUUUCGUUAUGUUCGCGCAAAAAAAAAAAUAAUAAUAAAAAAAAACGAUGGUUUCGCGUCGCGCGUUCAAUGUUACUUCAAAUGAAGCAUGAAAAGUAUCAUGUUGAAACGGUUCAUAUUUGUCAAGCAGCGAAUAAUUUACCCUCAAUCAGAUUUUGUCAAACAGUUCCCCCCAACACCCCGAUUAAGCCAGAGUUUAUUACAAAAAGGAAAAAAAAAAUGAUAAUACGGUUCGCCAAAAAAACAGUAGUUGGUUAUGAUCUGAUACGGAUUGUAGUGGAAAUACAGCAUACAUAUAAAGUGGAUACCAGUUUAAGCAGAUUGUAAUACGGAAUAAAAGAAACCCUUAGGCAUCUAUUACGCAAGCAUUUUUAAAUAUUUUGUUCAACAAAGUUUAACGAGAAAUAAACCAAAGCAGAAAGCUUUAAACAUACAA